UCAGUAAGAGCAGCGUUUUAAAAUAUUUUCAGAAGCUUAUUUGGAGAUUUGGACGGAGUUCUCAAAGGACACAGUCUGGAAAUAUUUUUUUUAACAGUUUGAUAAGGGUUUUACUUAAACGGAGAGAUUAAAGUACUCGUCUGUUUACUGAGUAGACGUGGAAAUUGAAAGUUAGACUGUCUUUUACCCCAUGCUUGAAGAACGAAGACUCCUUAGGGGAGCCAGGGUGUAGGAAACAUGAAGUUUGCACGUCUCUUAAUGAAAAAUGUAAUUUUGGCAAAUAUUCCACGGCAUGUCGAAAAAUUCUCCAAGUAUUCUCCAUCACCACUAUCCAUGAAGCAGUUCUUAGAUUUCGGAUCAGCUAAUGCUUGUGAGAAGACAUCCUUUGUGUUUUUAAGACAGGAGCUUCCAGUUAGGCUUGCUAACAUUAUGAAGGAAAUUAACUUCCUUCCAGACAAGCUACUUGGUACACCAUCUUUGCAGCUUCUUCAAAGCUGGUACUCACAGAGUCUAAUGGAAAUAGUAGAAUUUCUAGAAAAGAAUCCUGAAGAUCAAAAGGUUUUAUCAGAUUUUACAGAGGUUCUUAUCAACAUCAGAAACAGACAUAACAAUGUGGUGCCCACCAUGGCUCAGGGUGUGAUUGAAUAUAAAGAAGCCUUUGGAGUGGAUCCAGUCACCAACCAAAACGUCCAGUACUUCCUAGAUCGCUUUUACAUGAGCCGAAUUUCUAUCCGCAUGCUCAUAAACCAGCAUACUCUUAUCUUUGAAGGGAGCAGAAAUCCAGCACAUCCAAAACAUAUUGGAAGUAUUGAUCCUAACUGCGAUGUAGUUGAAGUGGUAAAAGAUGCAUAUGAAAGCGCAAGGUUGCUGUGUGAUCAGUAUUAUUUGGCCUCACCAGAGGUACAAAUUAAACAGAAGAAUGCCAAAGCAGUUGGCCAGCCAAUUCACUUAGUGUAUGUCCCUUCUCAUCUUUAUCACAUGUUGUUUGAACUCUUCAAGAAUUCUAUGAGAGCUACAGUGGAAACACAUGAGUCCAGGUCUCUUCCACCAAUAGAAGUUAUGGUUGCUUUAGGAAAAGAAGAUCUAACUAUUAAGAUGUCAGAUAUGGGAGGAGGAGUUCCUCUAAGGAAAAUUGACCGGCUUUUCAGCUAUAUGUACACAACAGCACCAAGCCCUGUGAUGGACAACUCACGAAAUGCACCCUUGGCUGGAUUUGGUUAUGGUCUUCCAAUUUCUCGUCUGUAUGCCAGAUACUUUCAAGGAGAUUUGCAGCUUUAUUCUAUGGAAGGAUAUGGAACAUCAGCGGUUAUUUAUUUAAAGGCCUUGUCAUCAGAAUCUAUUGAGAGACUACCAGUGUUCAACAAAUCUGCAUGGAGGCACUAUCGAACAAGUAUAGAAGCAGACGACUGGUGCAUACCAAGCAGUGAGCCAAAAGACCUGGGAAAAUACAAUGUUGACGUAUGAGUGCUAUAGCAGCAAGAUAAAGAGCAAUCUGCUUUUGUGGACCACCACUUAGUCUGUAUAGCAGCAGGUCAUCCAAAAGUCAAAUGGAGUCCAGUUUCAGAUUAACAAGAAUAAGAUGUGUAUGCAAGGAAGGAGAUUCAAGAGGGUUGGAUACACAUUGCUUCUGUUCACUGGUGCCAUGAGCCAAUUACAAGACAAAGACGCAGCUAAAGAAGUGUUAUAUAUUUGAGUAUGUUUCACUUUUAGCUGAUGACAGUUCUGGUAAAGGUUGCCUAAAUGCCAAUGGAAACAACAUAAACUAACAAAGUUAAGUUCGUAUUAUGCAAGCAUUCUUUUUAAUCAGACUUGAGUCACAGAUACCACUCAAUUUCCAUUACAGACUUCAUUACAGUUUGAUAUUUGCUGUAUAAUUAUUUUUCCAUAGACUAUAACCUCAAAUUUGUAUCAAUAGCAAGAUCAUGAGCUUCCAGCUGAAUGUAUUGUUUUACUCUAAUUUCUAAAAUACUACUUUACUAUAUUAAAUGGGAAUAUGGGCUUGCCUGUGUUGCUUAAAAGUGUUAGGGUAAUAUUGAGCAGUGAAACCUGAGAUAAGCAUCAUAGUGUGUUUUUUUUUGUGGUAAAAUGUGAUUUACCAAUUAUAGUGUUGGUGAGAGCUUUCAAGUAAAAUAAAAUUAGGACAGAUUACACAUCUUUUGUACUGUAACGCAAUUACUGAGUUACUGAUGUCUACCAAAUUAGAAGAACAAAUCCAUCCAUCCAUCCAUUUUCUAACCCGCUGAAUCCGAAGACAGGGUCACGGGGGUCUGCUGGAGACAAUC